GCGUUCAUCACGUGACCGCUGUGAGGAAGCGCCGCGGCGUCACAACAACAAAAAGCCGCAGUUUUUUUUACCUCAAAUCACGCGCUUUUCCCCCCGCACAGAGGCACCCGCGGCCCGCAGCCUCUCCCGGAGCCUCCCCCUCGCAGCCCCGCAGCCCCGGAGCCUUUACCCCGCCGUGAGAGCAGUGUUUUUGGGGGACGUUGUGGAGGAUGACUGCGGCGGUGUUCUUCGGCUGUACGUUCAUCGCGUUCGGCCCCGCGAUCGCCCUGUUCGUGUUCACCGUGUCCCGGGAGCCGCUCCGGGUCAUCUUUCUGAUCGCAGGAGCGUUCUUCUGGCUGGUGUCUCUGCUGCUCUCGUCUUUGGUCUGGUUCAUCUCGGUUCAGAUCAGUGAUAAAAACAGUCUGUCGCAGCAGAAGGGGCUGCUCAUCUUCGGGGUGGUGCUGUCGGUGCUGCUCCAGGAAACCUUCAGAUUCGCCUACUACAAACUGCUCAAAAAAGCCAAUGAGGGUCUCCUGACUCUGAGUCAAGAGGAGACGAUGCCCAUCUCCAUCAAACAACUCGCCUACGUCUCGGGCCUCGGUUUCGGUUUCAUGAGCGGCGCGUUUUCGGUGGUGAAUAUUCUGGCCGAUUCGGCGGGUCCCGGGACGGUCGGAAUCCACGGAGACUCCCAGCACUACUUCCUCUCCUCAGCGUUCAUGACGAUGGCGAUCAUUCUUCUUCACAUGUUUUGGGGCGUGGUGUUUUUCGACGGCUGUGAGAAGCAGCGGUGGUGGGCCGUCGCCGCCGUGAUCGUCAGCCACCUCACCGUCUCCUGUUUGACAUUCCAGAACCCGGAGUACGUGGCCAGCCUGGUGCCCACGUACGUCAUGUUGUUCCUGAUGGGAGUUUGGGCCUUUUACUGCGCCGGCGGAUCUCUCCGGAACCUCAAACUCUGCAUCACCUGCACGGACAAGGACUUUCUGCUCGCCAACCACCGCGCGAGAUAACUCCAAACCGCACGAAAAAAAAAAAAAACACAAAAACCCCACGAGAAACAUGCAUUAAACCCAUUUAUAAAGCGACACGUUCACAGCGUUUUAGAAUCUGAUGAUGUCGUGAUUUCAGAUGGAGGGGGAGAGCUUCUAUAACAUAAAGCUGCACUGUGUAACUUUUUGUUUGAGGGUCCAUGACUUGCUUGUUUCCAUGGAUACAUCAUCGCUCUGCCUGGAAUGUUCCAAGGUUUACAUUUAUUCAAUCGCAGUUGGCUUUAAAGCUCAAAAAUACUUCGAAAAACAGGCAUUCUGACUGUGAACGGCGUCGCCUCUCCACAGAUCUGACCCGUAACUUUGUCCGGUUUGGUCUCCAGUAAUGCCACACUGUGAAACAUUCCAGACAAAGCAGUAACAUCUCCACGGAGAAAAGCGUUUGACGGAGCCUCCACCAGAAAAGUUACACAGUGCACUUUUAACAGGUCAUUUACAGAGUUGAAAGAAAAAAAACGCAUAUACAGGGUGUCCCAAAAAAUUUGGCGUCAUUUUAAAAGCAAUUACCGUAUAGGCGAGUUUCAUUGUUGACAAAAGCGCGCGUUGCAUGCUGGGAAUUAUUUUGGUCGGCGGCAAGAAACACUAAUUCAACAUGACGGACGGAGCGAGAAAGCACGUAAAGGGUAUUGAUCCCGGUUAUUUCUCCACUCUAACGGCAGAGGACCCAAGACCAUUUGACCAGAAAUUGGUCAUAAGCAUCGACGGACGACAAAUCACCCUUUUCAACCCCGACAGAGCCUGGACCAAACCAAAUUUCUAGUCAGAAUCUCCAACUACCUGGACAAAUAUUCACUUCGGUGAUAUCCACAAUGACUUGGUGGAAACUCCUGGGCCAUUCACAGCAGAAAAGAUGAAAACCUCCAAGAAUCUCGAUGUGUUGUUGAACUUUUUGGAGUCCACGGUUUGUUAGGAUCUUCUACGUUUGCUCUGCGGAUGUUUGAAAGCCGUUUAAUUCACCGUUAGCGGUUCUUUUCACUCAGAAUACGAAAAAGACAUUUUCCUUCUUCCGUGCUUCUAUUUGUGCAUCCGAUAAUGCAGCAGGAAUUUACCGUUAUCGGGGAUAAAUACGCGAGGUUACGCACUGUGUUUGACGCUACCGUGUUUCUUGCCUCUGACCAAAAUAUUUCCCAGCAUGCAACGCCGGCUUUUAAACUAUUUUUCGGAUUAUAAGGUGCAAUAUCAAUAAUGCUAAAUUCUCUCGUCUAUUUUCAUACAUAAGGCAACACCGGAUUAUAAGGAGCAUUAAGCAAAACAAAUGGACGGCACUUGAGACUGAAUGUCGGUGGAUCAUUUAAAUUUGUUUUUUUAUUUUCUAUGAGGACGACUCAAAUAUACAUUGAGUAAUAACAUGUUUAAUGCAGAUUUUACAUAUUUGUUUACAUUUUACAGAAACUAAACUUAAAACCACAUGACUCAUUUGCAUAAACUAUAAGCGCUGAAAAAAACUGCUUGCUCCUUGUGCGCUGAUGCGGUUCAGCUUCUGUCGGACUAUUAUUGUUACAUCCCUAAUCGUGAGCUUUUCCACGAUAUCACAAUAAAUAUCGUACCGUGAGUUUCAUACCGUGACGAUAUCGUAUCGUGAGACUUGGACAUCGUUACACCCCCUAGUUUUUGUACAUUCUGUGAGAAUUUGAGCUUAUUUCAACAAGAAUUGCCAAAUUUAUGUCAGAUUUUUUGGGACACCCUGCAUAUUAGAGCUGUCAAAAAUGUAAAAAAAAAAACCUGAAACUAAUCGAUACUGAAACUAAUAUCGAAACGAGAUAUGAAUUUUUCGCAGGUUUCGAUAGAGAACGUACAAUUUUAAUGUUGAAAGUCAUGUUCUAUUAAUUCUAUUUAAUGUUGAAAAUCAUGUGCUAUUAUAAAUAAAGAGGGUUUCUUUUCAUUCUUGCGGUAUCAGAAUCGGUAUUGAGUCGAUUCCUUGGUAUCGAAAUCAAGAUUGAAAUGAUAGCAUCGUGAAAACACUCAUUUAAGUUUGUAAAUUUCUUUCAAACAUUGUUAAAAUCUCUCAAAAAUCUCCCUUAGACUUAAACCGACUUCUGCCCUCCAUCUGAAAACGAUGACAUCAGAUUCUCCAAAGUGAACUUAAACGUACAAACGGACCAAAAAUUGCCUCCUUUUUAAAAUAAAACCCAACUGCUUUCCUUCAAAUCUGCCUUUUAACAUUUCAGUUUGCUAAUUUAUCUCAACAAUGGUACAGAAAUCUUGAAUGUUAUCAAAAAUCCUCCACCGGACGUCACCUACGGGCUUCAGCGGAGACCUGGAGUCAAACCCACAACCUCCUUCUCGAGAGGAGGAGUCAGGCUAACCACUCUGCCACUGUGCACCGUGCAUUUCUCUCUGUUAAGAUGAAUUGUUUUAGAUUUAACUGUACAAUGUUUCAUUUGGUAUUCGGGAGUGGGGUUGGGGUUUGAAGCAGAUUUUGUUUUUGUUUUUUUGACAAUACAUUUCUGUGAAUCUGUUGUAAAUAGAAGUGAUUUUGCUGUUCAAUUCUCCCUCAUUUGUAUCUCAUUAGGAUUAAUUAAAUUUGUCUAAAAACUGACUGAAAA